AUGAACAAUCCAUCUAUCAUGUAAUUUACUUAAAAGGAAUCUGAAUUUUGUUGGUUGGUGGGUUUGAAAGCAAUCAGUACUAAGUAACCAAUGAUCACCAUGUGGAUGAAGAGUGAACAAAGAAAAGUUGAUCCAUCACUCUUAAAAAAUGAGUUCAUGAAGCAAUUCUAAUCAGGGUUCCUUCAUCUGAACAGUAUAAUAACUGGAGAUCGAAAUAAGAAUUCCUAAUUGAUCAAAGGAAUUUCUGAUAUUACUGUUAUAGCUAUAGUAAGAGUGAUAAGAGAGGAAGGAAUUAAAGAAUUCGAACAAAUUAGAAAUGACUUUUAAAAAUUGAUAACAAUAAUAACAUAUCUAAGUUUAACGAGAUCAGUGAUGAGUGAUGCAGUAAUGAAGUUCUUGAGCAAUUAAUAAAGUGAGAGUCACCAAUACCUUGACAAUUUGUUAUCAACACUUGCAAAAAUAGAAUAAAUGAAGAAUGCCAUGAACUCUAAUAAGCACGACCCAAUUAAAGAUGCUCAAUUAUACAAGUUGUUAUUUGGAAAAGGCAACUUUUAUGAUCCAUUUACAGCAAAUCACCAAACCACUACUACAGUCUAAUAGGCUCCUUAGAAUCAAUAGGCCAACCAACAAGGUCAUCAAGAAAAAUAGACAGCGCAAGUAUCCCCUAUGAAAUAAGCACUAACACCGACUUCCGAAUUAAAGCAACAUCAACAAUAGAUGAAUCAGUAAACCAUUCUUCAACAUUAACAGAUAAUUAAAUAAACUAAACCAUUAGUGCAAGUAGAAGAUUUUAGUGAAGAUUCAGGGGAUUCCUCAGUAGAUUUGGGGAAUAAAUAUAUAGUAAAUGCCAAAGCGCAGAAGUAAAUAAAUGGAUCUGAUAGUGAUUCUGAAAUUUAAGAGAUUCCUAAUUUUAAGAUUUGA